AUGGGGCCUACCCUGGCGGUUCCUACCCCUUAUGGCUGUAUCGGCUGUAAUCUGCCUCAACCUGACUACCCACCGGCUCUGAUCACCUUCAUGUUCUGCGCGAUGGUUAUCACCAUCGUCGUUGACCUGAUCGGCAACUCCAUGGUCAUUUUGGCGGUGACGAAGAACAAGAAGCUCCGGAAUUCUGGCAACAUCUUUGUGGUCAGCCUCUCUGUGGCUGACAUGCUGGUGGCCAUCUACCCCUACCCUCUGAUGCUGCAUGCCAUGUCCAUUGGGGGCUGGGACCUAAGCCAGCUCCAGUGCCAGAUGGUUGGGUUCAUCACAGGGCUGAGUGUGGUCGGUUCCAUCUUCAACAUCGUGGCCAUCGCUAUCAACCGUUACUGCUACAUCUGCCAUAGCCUCCAGUAUGAACGGAUCUUCAGUGUGCGCAAUACCUGCAUCUACCUGGUUGUCACUUGGAUCAUGACCGUCCUGGCUGUCCUGCCCAACAUGUACAUUGGCACCAUCGAGUAUGAUCCUCGCACUUACACCUGCAUCUUCAACUAUCUGAGCAACCCUGUCUUCGCUGUGACCAUCGUCUGCAUCCACUUCGUCCUCCCUCUCCUCAUAGUUGGUUUCUGCUACAUCAGAAUCUGGACCAAAGUGCUGGCGGCCCGUGACCCAGCUGGACAGAAUCCUGACAACCAACUUGCUGAGGUUCGCAAUUUUCUAACCAUGUUUGUGAUCUUCCUCCUUUUUGCAGUGUGCUGGUGCCCUAUCAACGUGCUCACUGUGUUGGUGGCUGUCAGUCCAAAGGAGAUGGCAGGCAAGAUCCCCAACUGGCUUUAUCUUGCAGCCUACUUCAUAGCCUACUUCAACAGCUGCCUCAACGCUGUCAUCUACGGGCUCCUCAAUGAGAAUUUCCGACGAGAAUACUGGACCAUCUUCCAUGCUAUGCGGCACCCCAUCCUGUUCCUCUCUGGCAUCAUCACUGAUAUUCGUGAGACGAGGGAGGCCCGUGCCCUGGCCCGUGCCCGUGCCCGCGCUCGUGACCAAGCCCGUGAACAAGCUCGCGAACAAGACCGUGCCCAUGCCUGUCCUGCUGUGGAGGGAACCCUGAUGAAUGUCCGGAAUGUUCCACUGCCUGGUGAUGCUGCCGCUGGCCACCCUGAUCGUGUCUCUAGCCACCCCAAGCCCCGUUCCAGGUCUGCCUCUGCCUACCGCAAAUCUGCCUCUAUCCACCACAAAACUGUUUCUGGCCAUUCCAAGGCUGCCUCUGGCCACUCCAAGUCUGCUUCUGGUUACCCCAAGUCUGCCACUGUCUACCCUAAGCCUGCCUCUGUCCACUUCAAGGCUGACUCUGUCUAUUUCAAGCCUGCCUCUGUCCAUUUCAAGGGUGAGUCUGUUCAUUUCAAGCCUGCUUCCAAGUCUGCCAUUGGUCACCACGUCUCUGCUGGCAGCCACGCCAAGUCUGCCUUCAGCCCAGCUACUAGCCGCCCUGAAGCCACCACUGACCAUGUCAAGCCUGCUCCCAGCCACCCUGAGUCCACCACUGCUGACUACCUUGAGCCUGCCACCACCAGCCAUCCUGAGCCCACUGCUGCAGGACACCCUGAGCUGUCUGCCUCCCACUGCCCUGAGACCAUUGACACUAGCCGCCUUGAGUCUGACGUCACUGACCUCCCAGAGUUUGCUUCCAGCCCUACCGCUGUGUCCCCUGAGCCUGCUGCCAGCCAGCUGGAGCUUACCCCUGCUGCUGACCUUCCUGACCCUGCUGUAGUCACUCCCGCCACCAAUGAUUACCAGGAGGUUGUAGUUAUUGAUGUUGAGGAUGAUUCUGAUGAAAUGGCUGUGUAA